UGUCAAUCAUCAGCCUUAUCAGACAUGACGGGUAUCAGUCAGAUUGAAGCCUCAACCUCACAGGGAGACCCGUCGGCGGCAGGAACUCACUGGCAGAACCUCACCACGACCCUGGGCACAAAGAAGUUCAUGAGUGAACUACGCAGCGUGAAACUGCCAUGGUGGGGCGCGGCCGCCCUGUGUACGCUGGCCCUGUGUGUCCUACUGUCCUGUGGUCUGUGUGUGUGGAGGAAGUGCUGCAGCAGGAAGAAGAAGGGCGAGGACAAGGAGAAGAGGUCGGACAAGAAGAAGAAGACGGACGGGAGAGGGUUGGAUGAUGAACCUGAGGGAGGUGUCACCAAGUCAGAUGACGGUGACAGGGAAACAGAGAUGUCAGACUUGGAGCCCAGAGAAGAGGACCAGUUGGGUCGACUGCACUUCGCCCUGGACUAUAACUUCACUGACAACAUGCUGGUUGUAGGCAUCAUCGAAGCUGCCCAGCUCCCGGCCAUGGACGUGGGAGGAAGUUCUGACCCAUACGUGAAAGUGUUUCUGCUUCCGGACAAAAAGAAGAAAUUUGAAACCAAAGUUCACAGAAAGACCCUGGAACCAAACUUCAAUGAAACCUUUACCUUUAAGGUUCCAUACAGUGAGCUGGGAGGGAAGACUCUGGUGAUGACUGUCUACGAUUUUGACCGUUUCUCGAAACACGACGCCAUUGGAGCUGUGAAAAUACCCAUGAGCAGCGUGGACUUCAGCCAGUCUUUACAGGAGUGGAGAGACCUGCAGAAGGCAGAGAAGGAGGAGAGUGAGCGGUUGGGAGAUGUUUGUUUGUCCCUGAGGUUCGUGCCCACUGCAGGGAAGCUGACUGUGGUGGUUCUGGAGGCCAAAAACCUGAAGAAGAUGGAUGUGGGCGGACUAUCGGACCCGUACGUGAAGAUCCACUUAAUGCAGAACGGGAAACGACUGAAAAAGAAGAAAACAACGAUAAAGAAAAACACUCUGAACCCGUACUACAACGAGUCUUUCAGCUUCGAGGUGUCGUGUGAACAGAUAGAUAAAGUGCAGCUCGCAAUAACUGUGUUGGACUACGAUAAAAUUGGGAAGAACGACGCCAUCGGGAAACUACUGCUGGGCAGCAAUAGUACUGGAACUGAACAGCGUCACUGGUCAGACAUGUUGGCCAACCCCCGCCGACCUGUGGCCCAGUGGCACAGCCUUAAAUCCGAGGAGGAAGUUAAUGCACUAAUUACUAAAAAUAAAUGAAAGCUUGGCGUUGAACCUGUCACAGCAUUGA